UUCGUCACCCCCCCCCCCACUCCUCCCCCCACCUCCGUCCUGUGCGCGACGAGUGAACGAGCGAAAAAGAUGGCGGCCUCGGACAGCGACGAUUCCCUCUACCCCAUCGCUGUGCUCAUCGACGAGUUGCGAAAUGAGGACGUGCAACUGCGUCUUAACAGCAUCAAAAAGCUGUCGACCAUCGCCCUUGCUCUUGGAGUGGAGAGGACGCGCAGUGAGCUCAUCCCCUUCCUGACCGACACUAUCUAUGAUGAGGAUGAGGUGCUGCUGGCUCUGGCUGAGCAACUGGGCAGUUUCACCACGCUGGUCGGAGGGCCCGAGUAUGUGCAUUGUCUGCUGCCUCCGCUGGAGAGCCUGGCCACGGUGGAGGAGACGGUGGUGAGGGACAAGGCGGUGGAGUCGCUGCGGGCCAUCUCUGCCGAGCACUCGCCCGCAGACUUGGAGGCUCACUUCGUGCCGCUAGUGAAGCGCCUGGCGAGUGGCGACUGGUUCACGUCCCGCACUUCUGCGUGCGGCCUCUUCAGUGUGGCCUACCCCAGGGUCUCCAAUGCCGUCAAGGCCGAACUCCGGCAACACUUCCGCAACCUCUGUGGGGAUGAUACUCCGAUGGUGCGACGUGCUGCGGCCUCCAAGCUGGGAGAGUUUGCCAAAGUCUUGGAGAUUGACUACAUUAAGAACGACGUCAUCCCAAUGUUCAACAACCUCGCAUCCGAUGAACAGGACUCUGUGCGCCUGCUGGCCGUGGAGGCAUGUGUGAAUAUUGCCUCACUCCUCCCUGCUGAAGACCUAGAGGCCAUGGUGAUGCCCACACUCCGACAGGCAGCCGAAGACAAGUCAUGGCGCGUGCGCUACAUGGUGGCGGACAAGUUUAAUGAGAUUCAGAAAGCUGUUGGUUCAGAGAUUACAAAGACGGACCUAGUGCCCGCCUUCCAGAACCUGCUGAAGGACUGCGAGGCCGAAGUGCGGGCUGCUGCAGCCCAUAAAGUGAAAGAGUUUUGCGAAAACCUGCCAUCGGACUGCCAAGAAAGCGUCAUCAUGUCGAACAUCUUGCCUUGUGUCAAGGAACUGGUAUCCGAUGCGAACCAGCAUGUCAAGUCGGCGCUGGCAUCCGUGAUCAUGGGUCUGUCCCCCAUCCUGGGGAAAGACAACACCAUUGAGCACCUGCUGCCGCUUUUCCUGGCACAGCUCAAGGACGAGUGCCCUGAAGUGCGGCUGAAUAUCAUCUCCAACCUGGACUGCGUGAAUGAGGUGAUCGGGAUUCGUCAGCUCUCUCAGUCCCUUCUGCCCGCCAUCGUUGAACUGGCCGAGGACACCAAGUGGAGAGUUCGCCUGGCCAUCAUUGAGUACAUGCCACUGCUUGCUGGGCAGCUGGGCGUGGAGUUUUUUGACGAAAAACUCAACUCUCUCUGCAUGGCGUGGCUGGUAGACCACGUGUAUGCGAUCCGCGAGGCUGCCACCAACAACCUGAAGAAACUGGUGGAGAAGUUUGGCAAGGAGUGGGCUCAGAGCACUAUCAUCCCCAAAGUCUUGGCCAUGUCCAAUGACCACAACUACCUUCACCGCAUGACCACCCUCUUCUGUGUAAACGUGCUGGCGGAGGUGUGCGGCCAAGACAUCACGGCAAAGCUCAUGCUGCCCACGGUGCUGCGCAUGGCCCAAGACCAGGUGGCCAAUGUGCGCUUCAAUGUGGCCAAGUCACUGCAAAAAAUUGGACCAAUCCUUGAAACAAACACCCUCCAGUCGGAAGUGAAACCUGUGCUGGAGAAACUGGGAGGCGAUCAAGACAUUGAUGUCAAGUACUUUGCACAGGAAGCCCUGUCUGUGCUGGCGCUUGGAGCCUGAAGGCCACAUUUGUUACCCAGAUCCCAGAACACUCGACGUACAUUUCCACAUUUCCAUACACCACCCACUGCCCCCUCUGCCCUUUCCCUACCCUUCCUCUGCCCCCCCCCAACACCUCUCUUGUGUUUGCGAUAUUCACUAAUGUACACUUAAAGAUUAAUAAGUGAGUAUUGGAUAAUAAAACCUUCAAUUGGACGUGUGACAAUUCUUAUGCUGUGGUGGGAGAGGCUUGUCUUGGUUGUCGAAAUAAUUGCUCGUGCUGAUCUCUGUAAUAAAGCAUGACAACUUGAUUCUUUAAAUUUUUUGUACUCUUUUUCGUCAUGUGCUUUUCAGCGCUCUCUUAGGCUUAAAGCAUGCUGCUCAUUGGUGUUCAGUAACUUGCUGCCUGUCAACAAAACAAACGCCCACUUCGCUAAACAUUUUAUUUUACAUCCAAAUGAAUGGUCAAAAUGUAAUGAUGCCCUUUUUGCAAAAUUCGCUGUUAUUAAUAAUGAUCAGGUUAUGUUAAGGGGAAAAUUAUUUGACAACAUUUGACCAAAUUAAAAUGUUUUUUUUCUGUUAAACGUAACUGCAUAUAAUUGCUAUGAAGGACUUCUUCUUGUGUUCAUAGUUUUUAUGUUGUAUUUAAGUACGGUGUAAUCGUUCCACAGGCUAAUAAAUUGUUGCGGUGAGAAGUUCCUUUAAAAAA